AUGGACGUUGAUUUUGUGAUAUCUUUUCGGGCGUCGAAGAAGACCAGCAUCUCGAAAAAGCAGACGAAAGAUGAAGCUCGAAAGGCCGAAAUUCAGUAUUCUCGUCUAUUGGAAACUCUUAGCUAUGGCGGCCUCAAGGCAGUAGGGAGAAGAGGAGAUUCUCUUGGCCACCUUCUGGUCUUUGUCUCUUGUCCAGAUAAACUGGUGCAGAACUUGAUCAUAAGGGAAAGGCAAUCAGAUUUUUUGUCCGGUCUUCCAGUAACGCCUAUUACUAAUGGUAACGAAUCUAUGCCUCUAGCCCCUUCCGACCGUUUGCGUCUGGUACAUGCAUACAUCACAUCCAUUCCUUCUGACGGAGGGUUGGGUGUGACCCCAGGAUCGCCGGAAUGGGAUCUUGUUGAAUCCAUAUUUUGUUUGCACGACAAAUCGUUUAACGAGCAGUGGAUACACGCUUGGACAACGAGUAAGAUUGCCUCCGUUUCAGAUGGCCGGAUACGAGACCAGUUCGGCGAAUCUGUUGCACUCUAUUUCUCUUUCCUCGACUCCUACACGCGCGCACUCGUCCUGCCAGCUAUGAUAGGCAUCUCAUUCUACUUCUUUGGUACAUCAUACUCCCCCAUCUAUUCGAUACUUACCGUGUUAUGGUCCAUUGGUUUUGUGGAAUGGUGGCGAGUGCGAGAACGGUUAAUCUCACUUCGAUUCGGGACCAGGGGAUCCUUCCGCGUAGAGAAACGGCGGGCACAGUAUGACCCAAAGUUUUCUUGGUGGAAGCGGGAACUGAGGAUGCUUGCCAGUGUGCCUGUCAUUCUAGGGUUCGCUGCUCUGCUUUUCGCGCUCAUGACUGGAAUCUUUGUGUUUGAAGCUUUCGUCACUCAACUGUACACUGGUCCCGGGCAUAAGUUUAUUUCAUUUAGUCCGACGGUCCUUUUCGUGAUAUUAGUGCCCCGACUUGUUGCCGUUUUCCAACUAUGUGCCCAGUAUUUUACUCAAUGGGAAAAUCACGCUCACCACUCAUCAUACAAUUCCUCUCUUACCCUCAAAACAUUCAUCUUCACCGCACUCGUUGCCUACCUCGGUCUUGCCCUCAGCGCCUUCGUGUACGUUCCUUUCGGUGAAGGCCUCAUGCGUAUCGUCCAAGUAUGGCUCUUCAACGGAAUCGUGCCUCAUACAGGCAGUCAGAUGAAUGCGAACCUGACUGACUCGUCCCAAGCCCCUCAGAAAGCUGAGUUUUGGGAUGUGGAUGCUUCCAGUGCGGAGACGAAACUCAAUCCUGGAAGGCUCAAAGACCAAAUGUUUGCUUAUACAGUCACGAACCAGAUUGUUAACACCUUUGUUGAGAUUGGGCUUCCGUACGUUCUGCGCAAGAUCACCGCUUUCCGAACCAAAAAAGCAGUUCCUUCAAAUGGCACUGGGUCUUCGCUCGGAAAGAAAAAGGUGGUGUUCGAAGAUGAGAAAGAAAAGGGUGGACAAGCGGAGAAGGAGUUCCUUGACCAAGCUCGGGCGGAAGCAGCGUUACCAGAAUACGAUGUCUUCGGCGAUUACUCCGAGAUGGUGAUUCAAUUUGGCUAUGUCGCGCUUUGGUCAACAAUAUGGCCAUUAGCUCCCGUUAUGGCGCUGCUGAACAAUCUUCUCGAAUUAAGAAGUGACGCCUUCAAAAUCACCGUCCACGAACGCAGACCCACUCCAGUUCGCACAGAUACAAUAGGACCAUGGCUCGAAGCGCUAGCGUUCUUGUCUUGGCUCGCUGCAUUGACCAACAGCGCGUUGGUGUACCUCUUUUGCCCUCGCGAACAUUCGCAGUGUACUUCUUCCGACUUUGGAGGGUCUGAAUCUGCUAUCGAGCGUGUUCAUCGUCACUUGGUUGCUACAGCCGGUAAGGAGGGUAUUGACGGAAUAUGGGGCGAGCAUGGAAAAGGUCUUGGUGCGACGAAGGAGCUUUUGGUUAUGGCUCUGUUAGUGGCGCUAACAGCAAGCCAUGGAUACUUGAUCGUUCGUUCAAUCAUGCGGCAUGUUAUGGAGAGAUUAUUAUGGAAAGGUAGCGAAGAGGUGAAGGAACGCGAACGGGAUGAACGGAUGGUGAAGGAGGUGUUCUUGAAAGGUCUCGGAGGGGGAGUAGGAGUUGAGGUCGAUGUGGAUGGAAAUGGGUUCAAGAACUUUAAUGUAGCUAAUAGCAACGUCGAGGGUGUCGGAUUUUGGGACCACGAUGAAGGGAUGGAUGAGAUCAAUAGGAUUUCCAAGGAAGCUUAG